GGUGUAAUGGCUGACCGGUAAGGAAAGUUUGAACCUGUAACAAUAAGUUAUUUGUGAAAUGAUUACGUUUUAUAGCCUCCGUUGUAACUAGGAAUCUGAAUGGCAGUCGUCGUCCGUCCACAUGAAUCUUGCGUCCACGUAUAUUCACCACGUGUGCUGUAUUUACAGUAAGGUGUCACUACGCCGUCUGUCGGCCGGGCGUGUACACUACACCCGAGGAAUGAAACGUACAGCUGCUAGACUUUUAAUGGACGAGGAUUGAACUAUUGUCAUUGUUAUGCUUUGGUAGGGUGUGCAACCAGUUUCCAUGUGAGCCGCCUGGUCCUCUGGAAUGAAGCGCUGCCAGCGUGGAGCCGUGUGGGAGGGGACGGGGGCGGUGCAGCCCGAGACGGGAGGCUGUGUGGUUCAGUGUUGCUGAUGAUGUUGCAUCAGUAACUUUAAUGUCAAGAAGAGAAGAUGUGAUGAGCAGUUUGCUGCAGCCUUUUACUAAAAACAAGAACCAGGUUCCUGUGAUGGAGAUGGUCUCACCAGCUUCUUCCUGGCUGCUGGAGGCAAACAGUACCAGUGCUCCCACACUCAUGGCCAAGCACUCCUGUGAACUCUGAGGGGGCGCCGAAUAGCGGGAGGAAUGAAGUGGAAUGUCAGUUUGGUGGAGAUGUUUGGACUUUACGUGCAACUGCUAGCCACGAGUGUGCUACUGGGAGUCGAUCUGGGCCGCAGGGAUCGGGCCGGGGUCAGCGCCCAGAACAACGAGAGGAGGGUUCUGGCUCACAUCCCGGGUGACGUCAUCAUAGGAGCCCUGUUCUCAGUUCACCACCAGCCUCCUGCGGACAAGGUGCACGAGAGGAAGUGUGGCGCAGUGCGUGAGCAGUACGGGAUCCAGAGGGUGGAGGCCAUGAUGCACACGCUGGAUCGAAUCAAUGCGGACCACAGCAUACUCCCGAAUAUCACUCUUGGAUGUGAGAUCAGGGACUCGUGCUGGCACUCUGCCGUGGCCCUGGAGCAGAGCAUCGAGUUCAUCCGAGACACGUUGGUGUCCAGUGAGGAGGAGGAAAGCCAGAGCAGGUGUGCCGCCGAGUCGGGCAGCGUGGUGGUGCCGCCGGGCAAGAAGCCCAUCGUAGGCCUCAUCGGACCCGGCUCCAGCUCGGUGGCCAUCCAGGUGCAGAAUCUCCUGCAGCUCUUCAACAUCCCACAGAUCGCCUACUCGGCCACCAGCAUGGAUCUCAGUGACAAGAGCUUGUACAAAUACUUCAUGAGGGUGGUGCCUUCCGACAUGCAGCAGGCCCGAGCCAUGGUGGACAUCGUCAAGAGGUACAACUGGAGCUACGUGUCGGCCAUACAUACUGAGGGUAAUUACGGUGAGAGCGGCAUGGAGGCCUUCAAAGACAUGGCAGCCAAGGAGGGCAUCUGCAUCGCGCAUUCGGACAAGAUCUACAGCAACGCCGGCGAGCGUAAUUUUGACAAGCUUCUCCACAAACUGCGCGGCCACCUGCCCAAAGCCCGCGUGGUGGCCUGCUUCUGCGAGGGCAUGACGGUGAGAGGAAUCCUCAUGGCCAUGCGGCGCCAGCAGUUGGUGGGCGAGUUCCUGCUGGUGGGGAGCGACGGCUGGGCCGACAGGUACGACGUGACCGACGGCUACGAGAGGGAGGCGGCGGGCGGCAUAACCAUCAAGCUCAAGUCGGCCUACGUCACGUGGUUUGACGACUACUACCUGAAGCUGAAGCCCCACUCCAACCUGAGGAACCCGUGGUUCCCCGAGUUCUGGCAGCACCGCUUCCAGUGCAAGCUGAGGGGACACCCGCAGGAGAGCGCCACCUACAACCGCUCCUGCAGCUCGAGAGAGUCCCUUCGCCACCAGUACGCCCAGGACACCAAGAUGGGCUUUGUCAUCAACGCUAUCUAUUCCAUGGCCUACGGUCUGCACGCCAUGCAGCAGGUCCUCUGCCCGGGAUAUAAGGGCUUGUGCGAGUCCAUGCGUCCCAUCGAUGGGCGCCAGCUGCUGGAGUUCUUGAUGAGAACAAACUUCACCGGCGUCUCAGGCGAGAUCAUCCACUUUGACCAGAACGGGGACUCGCCUGGCAGAUACGAAAUCAUGAACUUCAAGCACAUGGGUGAGGAGGAGUACGCCUAUGUCCACGUGGGCAGCUGGGAUCAGGGCGGCCUGCGUAUGAAUGACAUGGAGAUCUGGAGCAACGACAGCGACGUCAUCACAUCGGUCUGCUCGGAACCUUGCCAGAAGGCUCAGAUCAAGGUGAUCCGCAAAGGGGAGGUGAGCUGCUGCUGGACCUGCACGCCCUGCAAGGACAACGAGUUCGUGUUUGAUGAGUACACCUGUCGUACCUGCGUCCUGGGCUCGUGGCCGACAGACGACCUGCGUGGAUGUGAGCCCAUCCCGGUGCAGUACGUCCGUUGGGGUGAUCCGGAACCCAUCGCCGCUGUCGUGUUCGCCUGUCUGGGUCUGCUGGCGACUCUUUUUGUCACAUCCGUCUUUGUCAAGUUCUGGGACACGCCUGUGGUGAAGUCAUCCAGUCGUGAGCUGUGCUACAUCAUCCUGGCUGGAAUAUGUCUGGGCUACCUGUGCACGUUCAGCCUCAUCGCCAAGCCCCACAUCGUCUACUGUUACCUGCAGAGGCUGGGAAUAGGCCUGUCCCCUGCCAUGAGCUACUCCGCCUUGGUCACCAAGACCAACCGCAUCGCUCGGAUCCUGGCAGGCAGUAAGAAGAAGAUCUGCACCAAGAAGCCUCGCUUCAUGUCCGCCUGCGCACAGUUGGUCAUUGCCUUCCUGCUCAUCCUGCUGCAGCUCGGCAUCAUCGUGGCGCUGCUCGUCAUCGAGCCGCCUGAGGUCAUCUAUGACUAUCCCAGCAUACGUGAAGUGCACUUGAUCUGCAACCUCACCACUCUGGGGGUGGUGGCGCCGUUGGGCUACAAUGGUCUGCUCAUCCUCAGCUGCACCUUCUACGCCUUUAAGACUCGCAACGUUCCGGCCAACUUCAACGAGGCCAAGUACAUCGCCUUCACCAUGUACACCACCUGCAUCAUCUGGCUGGCCUUCGUGCCCAUUUACUUCGGCUCCAACUACAAGAUCAUCACCAUGUGCUUCAGCGUCAGCCUCAGCGCCACGGUGGCUCUCUGCUGCAUGUUUGUGCCCAAGGUGUACAUCAUGCUGGCCAAGCCGGAGAAGAACGUGCGCAGCGCGUUCACCACGUCCACGGUGGUGCGCAUGCACGUGGGCGACGCCAAGAAGGCGGCCAAGGCAUCCAGCAGCAUGGCCAACCUGUUCAGACGCCGUUCUUCCACGCAGGAGAACAUCAGCUCCAAUGGGAAGUCUGCAUCCUGGGAGCAGAACGAGAGCAACCUCAGACCCAACCUUUGGAAGAGGAUGUCCUUCCAUGUCAAGAAGAAGGAGGCAGCAGAAGCCAACCAGACUGCCAUCAUCAAGCCCUUCACCACCGGCGGCGACGCAGCCGUCAAGGUGUCGCCGUCAUUCCAGGCGGGAGGAGAAGGUGAGGAAGGAGGAGCGUUGAGCACCUAUGGCGGCGACAUCAGCGUCAUCGGUGUGGGUGAGCUAGGAGUGAUAGGAGGUCCAGCAGAAGGCGCCACCAUCAUGGACCAAAUCAACUGUGUGGUCAACAGCUUCAACAUCUCUGACCUAGGCGUCGCCCCCCUGCAGGGCGAUGCCAGCCCGCCUCGAGGAAGACCCACCCACUCUGGCGUCACCACGCACGCCGAGGUGGCCACUUUCUGUGAGGGCCGAGCGGCGGGGAAGCUGUACGAGCAGCUGGCGGGAACAUGCGGUCGCCGACUCAGAAACAUGGACGAGCUGGCCGCCCUGACCCCGCCGUCGCCUUUCCGGGACACCUCGCUGAGUUCCCGCAGUAGCUCUUCCCACUCCAUAUCCGCCACCUCCGAGGCAGAGUACGGGCAGCUUUUGCCGCGACACUACAGCCAGAGCGCCUCCUCUCUGUAGAGGUGAGCAUGACGCCUCAGCGGUGCCUUGAAACAGACAAACAUCAUGUGACGUGGAAAUUCCUUUCCUGGACCAUAGUCCUCUACGAAGCUAAGCAACAUUCCAAAGAAAAUGUGAAGAAAAGCAUACAACACUUACAUAAUAUUGCUUUACGCCAGGGGUGUCCAAACGGACGGGCCAUUUGUGGCCUGAGCCUGGUUUCUAAAAAUAAAGUCAAAAUAUUAAGAGAAAAGUCAUCAUUUCACAAGAAACAAAACAAAGUUUUAAAAAACGUAUUGUGGGAAUAAAGUCAUAAUGUCCCUGGACUGGUGGCCAACCAAUCACAGGGCACAUAUAGACAAACAACCAUUCACACUCACAAUCAUACCUAUGGACAAUUUGGAGUCACCAAUUAACCUAGCAUGUUUUUGGAAUGUGGGAGGAAACCGGAGUACCCGGAGAAAACCCACGCAUGCACGGGGAGAACAUGCCAACUCCACACAGAGAUGGCCGAGGGUGGAAUUGAACUUGGGUCUCCUAGCUGUGAGGCCUGCGUGCUAACCACACUCAACCACCGUGCAGCCAAGACGGAAGUUGAUACUAAUAAAAUACUGAAAUAAAUAUAAGUCCGUAGCAUAUCUACUUAACAACAUAACAAAUUGGCCCAUGCAGUCAUUUUUCAUUUUUCACGAUGUGGGCCUCGCUGGAAAAGGUUUGGACACCCCUACCUUGCCUGUAUAUGUUUCUACAGGAUAUGUACAUGUUCUUACAGUAGAUGCUUUGGCUAACAUUCAUUGACUUCAAUCUAGUCGCCCGCUUUCACAGUGGAACCUCUAAGGUUGAACACACAUCAGGAAUAAUCUGUUAGUGGCUGCUGGGGGUGCACUUCCCCACCUCCCAGGCGGAACACCUCACCCUCAUGCACGCACUUCUAUGCUAGACUUUCCCACCUCCCCUCUGAAGCCUGACUGAGUUUACGUCAUGGACCUUCACACACCAUUCUGGCUGAGCUCCAAGCACCAUUUCCGGGCUGCAUGAAGCCAGUUCCCUCGCUGCUCUGUGAAGCCUCGCUGGACGUGCUCCAGACAGAACACCUCUCCCAUUUGGCCAGGUUCCCUUCACCAUUUCCGGGCUGCCUGAAGGCCCAGUUCCACACUAGAUCCUCACGAGGCAUGCUCCAGGCACACGCCAGGCUUUUUGCAACCUUCCAUGGAGCCUUCCUGUGCGAGCGGCACGCGGAACUCCUUGCUAUUAUGGUCGGAAUCCCUGCACCAUUUCCAGGCUGCAUGAAGCCCAGUUUCACACGAGGCUUUCCCACCCCUCCUGGAGCCUCACUGGUGUGUGGAAUGGAGCUUCACAUGGCGUUCCGGCAGGGCUCCACACACCAUUACCAGGGCUGCAUGAAGCCUCUUCCCCUGCUAAGCAACCCCACCUUUCUACUGGGGUCCUUCGGGUUUAAAAGGUCAAUACUUUAGUUCAAGUCAGACGUUUUGACUUUAGAGGUGUGUUAUUCCUCAAAAAGCGUGGCUGUAUUCCAAAUGUUGUGACUUAGAGGUUCCACUGCAUCCAAAGGCGGCAUUGGACUAUUUUAUCUGACUGUGCUUGCAAUAAUGAGAUAUAGCGCUUCUACUUUUAGACGUGUUAAAUGUCCGUGCACCGAAAGUCUGAACGUGAAUGCAAAAGCAAGAAAAAUGAAGAAGUGUUCUCAGAGAGCUUCCCUUUUUAUGAGGCGGUUACCGACCACGUGGAUUGUCUUAACAGACCCCAGUGAAUGUAAGAUGGUCGCUUGGAGAUCUUCUUCCACCUCAGGGUGUCUUUUGAAGCAAAACGGCUUCUCUCUAGCGACUUUGUGCACACUGAACUGUAGUAGCGUUCUCCUUUAUUUACCGUUGCUUAUAUAACGCGGCAAAGAGGACACUUCAGGCCGUCUACUAGCCAUGACACUUGGAAUUUCGAUAUCCUUUAUUUCUUUCUGUAUGCAGACACCCUAGCGAAGCAGCUGCCUGACAUUUAUGUUCCUACGAUGUUGCUUCCUUGUGCUCGGUGUGGUUUUCAGGACUAGAGUGUUUCUUUUUUAGGAUUUAAGAGAUGACUCUUGGUGUGUGUUUGUUGCAUGUGUGUACGCACAUGAACGAGCCGCCAUGUUUGCAUGUUCGUGCCAGUAGACCCGUGUGACACCAACAUAGGAAUGAUGUUUUCCUUCUACUUCCUAGAAGAUGUGUUCUAUUUAUUGUAGGCGUUGUUAAAACAGAAAAGUCUUUUCAUGAUUCCACUCUAAACUGUUCUUAGUAAAGCUGA